AUGUCGACGUUAUGUUUGAUUGUCUUAUUAAGUCUUGCAGUUCGUGAUGGCUAUUGUAAAUCUAGUGACGGCUACAGGUGUGAAAAUGGUGUCUUUGAGACCUUGAACCUGGUGUCAGAAGAUUGUAGAGCGGCGCACGUGCCGUACCUGCGGGAUGUUAGAAAGACACGGAAACACAUUUCAGGACUUGACGUGGUUCAGAUAUUUCAGAAAUACUGCAACGGGGUAAAAUCUGCAACUGAUUGUACAGAAAGAUUUGUCAACUUCCUGCCUUGUCUAAAAACACAACUGGAAUCUUACAGAAAUAUGAACCGAAUGUCCAACUGGUUUUGCAACGACAACGGAGUUAAAGACGUCAUAGAAAACAUGUACAGCAGCUUACCAACUGAGAGAUUAGACUACAAGAAAAAUGAGUGCUAUAGGAUUGCAGCUUCAAAGCAAUAUUCUUGUAUUAAAAAGUUUUUAAAUGUUGGAGCUCCUCCUAACGACAAACAAAAUAUCAUGAGGCAAACGUUGCAAUCCUUACCGUGUUUGUUCAAAGAACUGCGCUCUAAGUGUAGUCAGGGAACCUCUCUACUGCUGGCAACUUUGCAGUACGACUCUUUGAUAAUUCCACCGGCCCUUGGUAUCAACGUAUCAGAGAUCCUGCUCACUGUUGCUAACCUCCGUGUCUAG